UUGAAGCAGCCAGUGCACAAGUCCAUUUGAAAUGUCAUGUGACUAAUGAGAUGAGGACAUGUAAUCCAAUUAGGAGAGAAGCAGCGUGCUAUACUUAAGGCCAGGUCAACGUAAUUUUCCCCCGUGGAAGCCUCGCGUAGGAAACAGUGAAUAAAAAAAAGUGCUCCAUCAUGUCCAUUCUUAAAAUUCACGCCCGUGAGAUCUUUGACUCCCGUGGGAACCCCACAGUCGAGGUUGACCUUUACACUGCUAGAGGCUUGUUCAGGGCGGCCGUACCAAGUGGUGCAUCGACUGGAAUCUAUGAAGCCUUGGAGCUGCGCGAUAAUGACAAGUCACGCUACCUUGGAAAAGGUGUGCUACAGGCGGUCGAGCACAUUAACUCAUCGAUUGGACCCACGCUUGUCGACCAAGACGUAUCUGUGGUCGAGCAGGAGAGAAUCGACCAAAUGAUGAUCGACAUGGACGGCACAGAGAACAAAUCAAAAUUCGGUGCCAACGCCAUUCUGGGUGUGUCGCUGGCAGUUUGCAAGGCAGGCGCUGCCGAGAAAGGAGUCCCCUUGUAUCGUCACAUUGCUGACCUUGCAGGCAACCCCAAGGUCGUCUUGCCUGUGCCGGCCUUCAACGUGAUCAAUGGUGGCUCGCACGCAGGCAACAAGCUUGCCAUGCAGGAGUUCAUGAUCCUUCCGGUCGGCGCCGGCACCUUCAGGGAUGCCAUGCGCAUCGGAGCCGAGGUCUACCACAAUCUGAAAAACGUCAUCAAGAAGAAGUACGGCCAGGAUGCCACCAACGUGGGAGAUGAAGGCGGCUUUGCUCCAAACAUCCUGGAGAACCAGGAAGCACUGGAGUUGAUCAAGGAGGCCAUUGCCAAAGCGGGUUACACUGACGAGGUCGUGAUCGGCAUGGACGUGGCGGCCUCUGAAUUCCACCGGCAAGGAAAAUACGACCUGGACUUCAAGUCUCCCGACGAUCCGUCUCGCUACAUCGCUCAUGAAGAGCUGGCUGACCUCUACAAGAGCUUUGUGAAGGAUUAUCCAGUGGUGUCCAUCGAGGACCCGUUUGACCAGGACGACUGGGCGGCGUGGAGCGACUUCACCGCCAGCGCCGACAUCCAGGUCGUCGGAGACGAUCUCACUGUGACCAACCCGACCCGCAUCUGCAAGGCUGUGGAGGAGAAGGCCUGCAACUGUCUGCUGCUGAAAGUCAACCAAAUCGGCACCGUGACCGAAUCUAUGCGGGCUUGCAAGAUGGCCCAGGAAAGCGGCUGGGGAGUGAUGGUGAGCCAUCGCUCUGGAGAGACCGAGGACACCUUCAUCGCGGACUUGGUGGUCGGCCUGUGCACUGGACAGAUCAAGACUGGGGCACCUUGUCGCUCUGAGCGUUUGGCCAAAUACAAUCAGAUUCUCAGAAUUGAAGAAGAGCUGGGAGACGAAGCUUGUUUUGCUGGGAAAAACUUCAGACAGCCAUUGGCAGAGUGAAUUUAUACCGAAAAUUAAAAAACAAAACAAAA